AUGACGGCGCACGGAGUUCCGCUCAACACCCUCAAGGACUGUCUCCAGUUUCUGCAGUGGUUGCAUAAAGAUAGUGGUAAGCAAGGGGAGGUGACUGACGCUCUGUUUAAACGUAUUGCCACAUAUUAUAAUAAUUCCACUUUCAAGGGGCAGCUUCAACUUUCAUUACCCAAUUUUCUCCGUCACACUUCAUUGCUUUACGGGCAAAUAUGCAACGAAAUAAAUAAGAACUAUUCUAGUUAUCAAAGCCUAGACGCACAGCAUAUCACCGAUGCCUUUUCCGAGUGCCUCCCCAAGGUACACGCUGCGUUUUCAUAUUUGGUGUACAAUGUUGACCAUAGCUACAGGAACGUGGGAGGUGGGACAUGGGGAAAUUUUGAGACACAGGGAGAUGAGUCAAUCGGUAACGCGCUUAGAGGAUAUCUCACGUCCUCCGAUUCGUCUAUCACCGGCGGCAUUAACCCUGGAGGCUUCCUGCCAAGUGACUUGAAAAAUGUGCUAGGAAAAACACUGGCCCACAAUCUAAACAAUGCCCUUCACAGGACUACAAUAACCCCAGACGUUUUUACUAGCGUUCUCUUCAACAAUUUGGUUAAAGAUGAUUGGCAUGACCUAGACGCUGGCAACGUCUUGCUUCUGCUGUGGGCGUUUUGUGAUUAUGUGGAGCACGAAAGAGAGGACGGUGCGCUUGGAAAGAAAUUGAAAGAGGAGCUUAGACGUAAAAAGAUGUGUUUCGACUGGGACGCUCUGGUAAGGCAUUGCGAAACACUCAAAGGCGAAUUAGACAAAUUGUUUGGCAGUGCGGUUGAUGAUUUCAGUCCUAAACCCUUCUCCACUACUGGGAGGGCGUUUACCCCUUUUGCUCUUAAGCCUGACGCGUUUGCCGGAGCAUUCGAAAAAUGGUUCGAAAAGCAUUGGCAGCGGAUUACAGAGGCUUUGGAAGAUAUUAAGGAGGGCGUUGAUGAUUUUGCUGAAAGCCCCGAAAGCUUCACCCCAGAAAACAUCUAUCCCUACGGCAUCGUGUUGAACCAGCAUAAACGUAAUGCGUGGGAACAGGGAUUGAAAAUUUUGCCCAGUGUUUUGGAAACGCUUGUUGGUUCGAGGAAAGGGCUGGAGGAGCUCAAAGACAUUUUGAAUGGUACGGUGUGUCCAGUUACGCCCCCCAAGGAAGUAGUACCCGAGAAGAAAGUUCCCAAGGUGCCGCCUGCCCAAACAGAGGCCGCAAAACCUGUGGUCACCAAGGCGGAGGCGGCGAAGCCGACUGCCACUGAGGGUACUGAAGGAGCGCAGAACCAGGGCAAGGAAGCUGAGGGAGCGCAGAACCAAGGUAAAGGUCUUAGUGGAGAUGCGUCUUCAGGUUCAGCAAGUGGAAAGCCUGCUGCAGCUCCGCCUCCCGGUGCUCCAGGAGUUCAAGGCCCGCAAGGGCCUACUGUUACAGUGUCCACGGCCCAAGAUCAAGCAGGUAAAAAUUCUAUUUCACCAGGGCCUCCUGGGCCAGGGGCCAAACCGUCUUCUCCGGAUCAAGAUACAGCAGUUCCACCGCUUGUUCCUCCACCUCCGCCGCCUUCCCCCCCUCUUCCUGGAGGCCCUGGUCAGCAAGGGGAUCCGGGUCAGAGUUCGCCGGGCAAUGCUUCUCCAGGUCAAAAGCCUGUUUCCCCUAAAGUCACUGUGGUUACUCAGCCUCCGAGUGUUUCAGGGUCAGGCGCUGGGACAACUGGUGACAAGGGGCCUGGUACACCAGGUGGUGGAGGGGCUGGUCAACAAAUUACUCAACGAACAAGUCACGACUCUGGUCAAACGCCAAGCGGCAACACUACUACGUCGGGUGCCUCGCAGCCUGGUGGAGGUGCUGGAGGUUCAGGUAGUGGGUGUUCUAAUCCAAUAAAAUUGCCUCCUGAAUUCGGUGGUGGAAGUUACUGCCCCCGAAAUGGUAAGACGUGGGAUUCUACUGCACGAAGGCAAAUGCACGACGAGUGGGAUAAAAAAGCUCAAGAAGCUAACCAACGAGUAGCAGAGAGGAGACGUCAGAGGGAAGAGAGGCUCAGGCAGCAAAGGGAGGCAGAAGAACGUCGGAGACAGGACGCAGAAGAACGCAAAAAACUUAAUGAGAUUAGAUCGCAGCAUAGUAUUGUCCCGGGGACUGAUUACCAUGACAAUUUCGGAGGGAAAAGCCCUAAGAAACGGGCCCACAAGAAGGCGGCGGCGCCUAUAUCCCACGAUCUUAAGGUGCCCAUGCUUGAAGGUUCAGGCAUCCCCCUGCCUCCGUUAGGCGGCGGAGUUCUAGACGGUCUGGUGGGAGAAGUAUUGCCAGAUAAUUCAAUUAAAGUAGAAGACCAGAAGCUUAUGGACAUUCACGAUGCAGAACGCAAAAUACAUUCCAACAUUGCACAGCGCGAGCGUGAGCUCCAGGAGCUGAAACUGAUAUCAAUGUACGUGGAUGAAGAGCGAAAGAGAGAUAUUGAGGCCGCACAAAAGGAGGUGCAACAUGUAAAAUUCUUGGAAGGUGUUCAGAAAGAUGUCAUACUCCGUGGUGAAAUUACAGAUUUCCCCUUCACUGGUGAAACAGUUCCAGACACUACGGAUAUUUUGAGAGAUCGUGAGAGGGAACUCAAAGCUCAGAGUGAUUUGGCAAAAAUGUAUGAGGCGCACAAACAGAGAGAGUAUGAUAGAGAACUCAGCGCAUACUUUAAUAAGGUAAUGAAAGGCAGAGACGCCUAUCAGCCAGAAGGGAUAACAGUUGAUGCUACGCCCAUAUCGUCACUGAUCCGCCAAAGUUCCGACCAUUUGGACGUGGAUGUAUACGUUCCCAAACUUGCACUUCAGGACUCCUCAUAUGACGUAAACGUAGGUUAUGACCCUCCAACUAUCCCCGAAGUCCAACUCCUUGACCCAAUCGUUCCAUCUACCACCGCCGCCGAUCUGAGUUUUGAACAUCAAGCAUAUCGACCACCUUCACCACGCACAGACUUCGACACCAAGAACAUCAACCGCCCAAAUGUACCAAUGUGUAUACCAGAUUGGUCUACUCAGAAACCCACGCAUGACUCCACCGAUAUCCCCGACACCGAACUGUUCCCCUCCGAGGCGCCGCGCACGGUCAGGGAGAUGCUCACUUGGAUCGCCGGGCUGCGACACCCGAAACACCAAGAGACUCUGAAACAGUGUAUUAAAAACGCUUUCAAGCGCGGAGAUGAUGACUCUGCCAUCCUCCAACUCCCAGUCAACGAUUCUAGUAUCGCCGCCAAAGAUGUCCUUCACACCAUUAAGCUUGUCGCCAUGUUUGCAGCCUCAGUGCUCAAUGCCCUCGCGCCUGAGUGGAGGAUGGCGGUGCCGUCUUUAACUUCAGCGUCUAAGGUCUCUGACCAAUCCAAGGAUCCUGAUUGCUGCGCCCUCCUCUGCCAGCUGCGGGACUACGUCUACGCCUGCUACCACCAGUUGGAGUUCCUAAAGUCGCAGUGUUCUCGGAAGGAAUCUGACAGUGGUUGGCAGGAUUGUCAAUAUGGCAAUAAUAUCCCCGACUCCCCUCUCCAAGCCUUCCUGACUGACGCCCAUGACUCCAAGUUCGAGACUCAUCCCUUCGACCCGUGUGACAUCUGCCUCAAGAGCCGAAUCAGGAUGGGAUUCACAAAGGAUGAUUUGCCUGCAUCUCACGAAACUGGCAAGCAUAUUUCCGCCAUCCUCUCUCCUAGCUGCGGCGGCGACGAUCCCUUGCUGAAGCUGUCCUCCUACCUCAGCUGCCUCACCAGGAGGACGCCGCGCACCACCGGGGAGCUUGUUUCGUUCUUCCACCUUUUCGGGAAUGAGCUGCACUUACCAUCUUCACACUUCUCUCCGUUGGGCUCCGCCCUCCACAAGCCACAUCCUCACUGCCCCGAGUGGGAUUGUCUUGAGGCCGCCGACCUCAAUGCCAUCCAGGACCUCCGGGGCUCCGCCACUCUCAACUCCAACUCCAACCACGAAAAGGACCAUCCCAAGACACUGUCCACUCUGCUUGGCUGCGGCAUCGAUAAUGUAAACUGCACACGACUUCUCUCUCCCAUCACCCACCGGGCCUACGCCCUGUACUCCCCGGCCUUCGCCCACCACUAUCUCAGCUGGACGGCCUACCUGGCAGACAGACUGUCGGAGUCACUGCAUCGGUUGCAUCAUGAUCUCGAGGACCUUCAAUGUCACGACUCCAAUUCCAAGCCUCUCCACCAAUGCCCCAAGUCCUUGCCCCUCCUCUACUCUCACGGGUUCACGCCACCGGGCGGGAUGCUGCAGCCGUCACUCACGUGUUCGAAGGUCAUCACCAAACUGGAGGAAGUGGUCGCCGGAAAGCCUAUCGCCGAUCUCAUAACCGCCAUGGACACAUUCCUCUACGGCAUCAGGACGCCCUUCGUCUACACCAUCGUCACACUCUGGCUCAUCGCCACGCUCUACAUCGCCCACUCACUGCUCUACCGCAUGGACGUCUUGCGCAUCCGCUCGCACCUACUCACCACCAGGGCCUCACACCUCAUCGACGUCAAGGCGCUGCUCGCCGGCAGCCGCAGGAUGCUCUCACUCUACAAGGACGUCGACUACUUCGACGAAGAUGUUAUUGCCCAAUUCGGCGUCACACAAUAA